AUGAACAAAAAUGGUCUCUGUCCGCUUGUGGAAUGCUCAGAAAUCGCGGAGGCAGUUGAUCAAGAUGUGAUUAGCCGUCGAACUCAAGAUAUGGACUCUAGAUAUGCAAGAGGUAGUUGUCAAAGCCAUUUCUUCCACUGUUGCAAGGACGUUGUCCUGGAGAUUACUAGAAGUUACCGACCAAAGAAAACUACUGACAGAAUUGAUAUCAGUGUUCUUGGAGAAGUUCCUCGCAAUCCACAUUAA